AUGACUUAUACACGCCAUUCCAUUCAGCAGCUCCAGGAGUGGUACGAUGCCGGGAACCGUGAACCCUUGGACAAAUUCGUCAGGGCCUUCAAAUAUAUCCAGAGUCUUCCUGCAGACCACGACGACUCCUUCCACAAACUCGGCGGAUACCACGGCGAACCAUUUCAUUACGAAAAGGCACCGCCCAAUCGAUCAAGCAAGUGGUGGGGAGGUUAUUGUUUCCAUGGCUGUGUGCUCUUUCCAACCUGGCACCGAGCUUAUAUGCUUCGGUUUGAGCAAGCUCUUCGAACGGCGCCCGGAUGUGAGGAUGUCACGCUUCCAUUCUGGGAUGAGUGCGCUGGGCUUGUCGGCAGGCCUUCUGUGGGCCUUCGUCCACAUCAUCUCAUCCCGCGCGUCCUUACUAUGCGCACUUACGAGCUGGACGGCCAAACCAUUCCCAAUCCUCUUUUCUCGUUCAAAUUGAAACAGAAGAUCGAGGAUCUCACCGUCGGCAAGGAACAACAUUACAGCAAACCGGAGGGUUAUGAAACCGUGCGAUAUCCCCUGUCGGGAAUGGUUGGAACCCAGGAAGACGAAGAGAACACGAAGAUUCACAAUGCCAGGUUCAGCGAUGCGGAGAGUGAAAGAUUGCUCAAUGUGAAUGUUACGAACUGGCUCAUUACCGGCCCGCGACACAUCCCUACACGUCAAGGUGCAAAGCCUCCUAGUGAUACAACCUCGAUCCUUGCAAGAUAUCUAAAGUGCUUAGACACCGAUACGUACACCAUCUUCUCGAAUACCACCUCACAAACCAAGUUGAUGGAGAAGCUCUGCAGGGAGCGGAAUGAGGGGCAUUGGCUUAUGUCGUUGGAAAGCCCUCACAACGGUAUUCAUCUGGCCAUCGGGGGCUUUUUCCAGCAAGGAGAAGAUGGAACAAACGCCGACGAGAUUGACGAUGCCAAUGGUGAUAUGGGCGACAAUGAGACUGCUGGAUUUGAUCCGAUUUUCUUCCUCCAUCACUGCUUUAUCGACUAUAUGUUCUGGCAGUGGCAACUGAGACAUGGAGCCACGGAGACCCUCACCAUCGAUGAGGGUGAUCCUGGAGCAAAGGUCCCCGAGGGAGGAAUCCUUGAUUUACCAGAAGGGGAACAAUUAACCAUGGACACCCCACUGCCACCAUUCGUGAAGCCGGGUGAAAAGAACUAUUACACAUCGAAGGACAUGGUGAACAUUGAGAGCCUUGGUUAUACCUAUGGAUCGGGGUCUUUGGACAAGCACCAUGCGCCCAUUUUGCAUGCGCCGCACGUCCCCGUCAAACAAAUGGUCAAGAUUUCAAGCAUCUUCCGGAGCAAACACAAGGGAUCAUUUGUCAUACGUACCUACGCCACAGGUCCAGGAUGCCCGGAACCCAUCGAGAUCGGUCGUGAGCCCAUUCUGAAUCGAUGGAACGUCAGCCAGUGUGCAAACUGCCAGAAUCACCUCGAGGCUGUUUCAAUGAUACCCUUGGAUGCCGAAAUGCUUGCUCUUCUUCUGGGUGAUGACUGGGAGAAGGAAAAUCGGACAGUGGACGAAAUCAAGUACCAAGUUGAGAUUCACGCUCGUUCAGAAAAGACGCCAAGCAACGAAAAACGAAAGAGAGGGAAAUUCUUCUUUUCGCCGACGCCGCUCGUUGGCCGUCUUGUACCCGGCGGCGGUCUUCCGGCUAUCUUGAAGCCUCCUGUUUUUAAUGUGCCCAAAGACAUGCCUACCGUGGAGCAUUUGCUUAGGAACAAGUCAUUCCGGGUGGAACGAACAGCCUGA